AACACACCAUAGAACAAACAUGCAACACAUGCAACAUAUUUCCCUCAAUGGACUUUGGAUAUUUGCAGCAUAAGAAAAGCAGAAUGUCGAGAAAAUGAAAGUGAAAUGAAUGAAAUAAAACGACAACUAAAUGGAUAAUUGGCCCUAGUUCUACUUAGAGUCACAAAUUUUAGUUUAGUAGCUGUGAGCAGCUCGAGGCAAACGGUCGUGUCAAAAAAAAUUAAAUAUAAAAAAAACAAUAAGAAAGAAUUGAACGUAAAGAUAUCAAAGGACUCUUAAAUACAAUAAUCAAAAUAUAAAGGAUACCGAAAGAAAAAUUUAUUUAAUUAAACCGCGUUUAAAAUGAAGUAUUUUGAAUUUUUAAGUCUGUCAUCUGUGGGUCUCAGCAUAGCUUGUGGAGACUUAUUGGUAGCUCUUAGCAUACUUGGACCAUCAAGCUAUUACUUGUACUUCGAUUUCAUAAAAAUCGAAAACUGGGAUCAGGAUAGCGAAGUGGAAGCAUUAUCUCCCCUUGGAACCUUUUUUUCUACAUUAGUGAACUAUUUGUGGGUUCGAGAGUUUUCGCAGGUUUUCUACAUGACAGCAACGUUCAUAAUAUGGGUAAAGGCAUCGAUAAAUCUAAUGGUGGCUGGCCUUCUUAUCGAUGGCAUCAAGCAGAAACGGCUCGUAUGCAUUGCUCCCUGGUUGAUAAAUUCUUGCCUAUCCAUGGCCAUAGAAACGGGAAUUUUUGUGAGUCUAGAGCUUAGAAUUGAUGAAAUUGAUGCGGCUGUGGAUCGUCGGAUAGCAAGAAGUCUAAUCUUUUGCGUAUUUAUAGUUCUCAAUGCGCUAUUUUCAUAUGGUAUCUAUGCCGUCUACCGGAAGCUAAAGUCUGCGCCCAGCGAGAAUAUCGAAGUCAUUCCCCAAAGUCCCCACACAUUCAAUGCCUAAAACUAUUUGGAAUCCUAAUAGUCAUUUGUUGAUGAAUUUGU